CCCGAGUUAUGUCGGAAUAUCAAAGUGUAAGUGAAGUGGCCUAGAGACCUACAUUUAGUGUUUUAUAGAGAUUUAUUGAUAUUUAUGUAGAACAUUUGACAGAAAAUAUUUUCCUAAGCGAAGUAGAUGAUAUUUUACAAACCGUGCGGACAGCUAAAUUUAGUUGUUUCGCAUAACCGUCCGAUGAUGCACGAAGACUCUCCAAAAAUGAGUGUUGCGCAGGGUCUAGCCGCUUCUUCGAGCCAGCCGAAGAGUGAGAUCGUGUUCGAAAGAGCUGUGGAAUACGAAAUAUCUACAGAACCGAAAUCCACUGAAAGCAUAGAGCUGGAAAUAAAGAUCCCAUAUGUGGAUCCAACAAAUGGUGCCGGGAAUGAACCAGGAGCAUACUUACCUGCUGCCGGCACCGUAUGCGACCAGACGGAUACCAAGGACGUGAUCGAAGAGCUAUGCCCUGUUUGCGGCGACAAGGUCAGCGGCUACCACUAUGGACUGCUCACUUGCGAGUCCUGCAAAGGGUUCUUCAAAAGAACCGUACAGAACAAGAAAGUGUACACAUGUGUUGCAGAGAGAGCCUGCCAUAUAGACAAGACGCAGAGGAAACGAUGUCCAUUUUGCCGAUUCCAAAAGUGUCUCGAUGUCGGGAUGAAGCUUGAGGCCGUUCGAGCGGAUCGUAUGCGCGGCGGACGUAACAAAUUCGGGCCCAUGUACAAAAGAGACCGCGCCCGCAAGUUGCAGAUGAUGAGGCAACGGCAGAUCGCGGUGCAAACUCUACGCGGCUCGCUCGGCGAUGGGUCGCUGGUGCUCGGGUUCGGAUCGCCGUACGCGUCAGUGCCGGUCAAACAGGAGAUCCAGAUCCCGCAGGUGUCGUCGUUGACGUCGUCUCCCGAGUCCUCGCCGGGUCCAGCGUUGCUGGCGGCGCAGACUCAGGCUUCGCAGCAGCAACCGCUGCCGUCGCACGACAAAUGGGACGCGCACUCCCCGCAUUCGGCGUCGCCGGAUGGGUUCGCCUUCGAGGCGCCUGCCACCGCCGCAGCCACCCCUUCCAGCACCGCGGAGCCCACCAGCACGGAGACCCUCCGUGUUUCACCCAUGAUCAGAGAAUUCGUACAGACGAUAGACGACCGGGAGUGGCAAAACUCCCUUUUCGGACUCUUGCAGAGCCAAACCUACAAUCAGUGUGAAGUCGAUCUCUUCGAAUUAAUGUGCAAAGUGCUGGACCAAAAUUUGUUCUCUCAAGUUGAUUGGGCGAGAAACACCGUGUUCUUUAAGUAUCUAAAGGUCGACGACCAAAUGAAGUUGUUGCAGAACUCGUGGUCCGACAUGUUAGUCCUAGACCAUCUGCACCAGCGGAUGCACAAUGGCCUACCUGACGAGACCACCCUCCACAAUGGACAGAAGUUUGACCUGCUCUGCCUCGGACUCCUCGGCGUCCCCGGCCUCGCCGAUCAUUUCAACGAGCUACAAAAUAAAUUAGCUGAACUGAAAUUCGACGUUUCCGACUACAUCUGCGUGAAAUUCUUGCUUUUACUAAACCCUGAGGUGAGAGGCAUCGUCAACGGCAAGUGCGUCCGCGAUGGGUACCAGACAGUACAAGCUGCACUUCUGGACUACACGCUUACUUGCUAUCCUACGAUACAGGAUAAGUUUGGCAAGUUGGUGAUGGUCGUGCCCGAAAUCCACGCCCUAGCGGCCCGUGGUGAGGAGCAUCUAUACCAGCGACAUUGCGCGGGACAGGCACCCACACAAACCCUUCUCAUGGAAAUGCUACACGCUAAGCGCAAAUCUUGAAAUACCAGUUCAGAAUAAAGUGGAUGACCGCAACAGCGCCUAGCGCUCCGACACCGUAUGGAUUAUCAUAACAUUAUUACUUAUUAUUUAGGUUUAGAGUUUAAAUUGGUGUGUGAUUAAACGUAAUAAGUUAUUUUGCGCCAAGCGCCGGCCGGCGGCGCCGCGCGGCUAGUCCCAAUACAGAUAAGACAAUUUACUGUUUAUCUGCAUAAUCUCUGUAUCAUAAAUAUACAAAAAAAAAAAUAUAUUUAACAUCUCCCUCGUGUAGCUACCAUUAAUUUAUUGAGCAGUCUAUUAACGAUUUAUCAAUAAUUCAAUUAAAAUAAGUACCUUUCUAUGUUAGAUAAAAACUAGCUUGUCUUAACUCUGAUGCGUAGCGACGGAAAAUAUUACAAUACAUAUUUUAGGAAAGCGUCUGUGAUUUUAAACGAAGAAAUUUGAUGAACCGUUUUAUUGUUAGUUGAGGCGAUAAUAUAUGUGUAAAGAGUAGUUUAACCGAGUUGUGUGGUGCCGUCUGCGCCGGCGCAGGGCUUGUAAGCGCCACGCCCGCCCGGGCCUGCGGAGCCCUGGCCCCUGCGUGCAGCCCGCUCGCCGGCGGGGUAGGAGCGGCGACCCCGCCCGCGACCGGCCGCUCGUACAUCACUACACAAUCUUACUGUAUGACUUUAGCAUUCGGUGGGAUGUACUCGGAGGAGCCGCCUCUUUUACUAUUCGACAAGUUCCGCAGAGUACUUUCCAUCUGUUUUACGCGUGUUUCGAUUUUGGAAAGGAUGUGAGUUUAUUUUAGUUAUCGGGCUGAAAAUAUUUAAGACUUUGUUGAAUUUUA